AUGGUGACUAGCAGCGAGUACUACUACAAUGAUGACAACACCACUGAUAUGUGGCUGGAUUUCAAUGAGAGUAUUGAUUACUUUGAGGACCCUAUCUCCAGUAUGACCUAUUCUCACAUCUAUCUGCCACUGUUUUAUUUCCUAAUAUUUUUCGCUGGCUUUGUGGGUAACCUCUUUGUGAUGACAGUCAUUGGCAGCGGUGGCAAGCGGGGUGGGCGUCUGGUGGACACGUUUGUGUUCAACCUGGCGCUGGCGGACCUGGUGUUUGUCUUCACCCUGCCCCUGUGGGCAAUUUCAUCCGGUCAAGAUGGGCACUGGCCUUUCGGGAACCUACUCUGCAAGCUGAGCAGCUACAUCAUCGGCGUGAACCGCUUCUCCAACAUCUUUUUCCUGACCUGCAUGAGCGUGGACCGCUACUUGGCCGUGGUGCGGCUCAUGGACUCUCGCUUCCUCCGCAGUAGUCGGUGUGUGCGUCACAGCUGUGCUGUUGUCUGGCUGGUGUCUCUAAGUUUGGGCACUCUCUCCCUGGUGUACCGCAAUGUGAAAAUUCACCGCGACAAACCCUUCUGUCAGGAUGAUGAAGAGUCAUCCUUCUUCCUGGGCUUCAGCCUGAGCACCAUCUUCUUGACCUUCACCCUGCCGGUGGUCAUUAUCCUCUUCUGUUACUGUUCCAUCCUGAGCCGCCUUGCUGGCCACUCCACCAGCAACACCCACUCCAUCAGCAACCCCCGUGUGAAAGCAAGACGUCGCCACUCUCUUAAGAUGGUCUUUGCUAUCAUCAUAGCCUUCCUGGUGUCCUGGCUUCCCUUCAACAUCUUCAAGGCCAUACUCAUUGGUUUUAAACUGUCUGGCACCAAUCUGAGCACUGAGACGUUGACUUUUCUGAGUCAUGGCCUCUCCCUCUCCUGCUGCUUGGCCUUCCUCAACAGCUGCGUGAACCCAGUCAUCUAUCUGUUCCUGGACCACCACUUCAGAAGGCGGGCCAAUAACCUAUUCCUGAAAUUCUUUGGAAAGGGUGGGCUGAACCAGAGCAAUGCUUCGUCAACUGACUUCUACAAUUGUACCUCAGAGGGUAGCGGUACAACAUUCUCCAGAAACCGUCUCCAGUCAAUUGACAGGACAGACAAAUAGCAAGUUUAAGACCAUUUUAUAGCCCUGUUGAAUUUCAAAAUCCUCAGGGCUGAGGUAAAUCAUUUUGUAUAAUGACUUUGUGUCGUUUCAUUCAUGGUACGAUCUGUUUAUACCAAAAUACUUAGCAUGAGUAGCAUGUUGUUAUGAAUUAUUCACAUUCUUACAUUAAUACUUUUUUCUUUUAGCUUCAUUAAA